UCUCUCACUUCCUGGUUACUGCAGUAGUGGGCUUCGUGUGGAUCGGGAAUGAAAUCAGUUUCCCGUAAAUGGGUUGCGUCGGUACAUGUAGCGCUUAGUCUUAUUGGGCUCCCCUUCUCUGCUGGCACAAGUGGAACCUGCAGGAGGAACGGCAUUAGCAUCAUUCCCAGUGUCUUUGCAUCCUCAUCAUCAUCAUCAUCUCUCCACAUGGCUCCUCCCGCACAUAUUAAAGCUCGCUGUGCUGUGUAUCCUGGCUCAGACACUCACAGAUUUCCUGUCCCAGAUGACAAAGUUGACUGGGAGACAGACUGGCCCCAGUACAGCCCUGUUAACUACACAGCCCCCGCUGUGCUGAAAAAGCCUGUUUGGGCUGAUCUAGAGAUUGGUGCAUUUUGUCCACAGUUCAACUCAUUGGAUGGAUCUGUAGACAGAAGAAGCCAUGAGGGCCAAUAUCGCAUACAGAAUGGCAUACCACUUAAUCCACAUGGAAGAACUGGACUGGAGGGUCGAGGAUUACUAGGAAGGUGGGGUCCCAACCACGCUGCUGACCCAAUAGUUACCAGGUGGAAAAAAGACUCGUCAGGGCAACGUUUCCUUAACUCUAAUUCUAAAUUACCAGUAUUGCAGUUUGUAUCCAUCAAGAGGCUAGACUGUGGUGAAUGGGCCAUCCCAGGGGGAAUGGUGGAUCCUGGAGAGCGCGUUUCUCAAACGCUGCAGCGCGAGUUCUCGGAAGAGGCACUGAACUCUCUGAAAGCAUCUGACAGCGAGAGAGAAAAGAUCCAGAAGCGGAUCUCUGAGCUUUUCAGCUCGGCGGGUCUUGAGGUGUAUAAAGGUUAUGUUGAUGAUCCAAGAAACACAGACAAUGCCUGGAUGGAAACAGUUGCAGUCAACUUCCAUGAUGAAUCAGGAGACAGUGUGAGUGAACUUCCACUGCAAGCCGGUGAUGAUGCCGGUCAGGUGAGCUGGACCGACAUAGACUCUUCUCUAGCCCUUUAUGCCAAUCACUCUCAAUUCCUGAAGACAGUUGCUGAGGAAAGAAAAGCCCACUGGUAACAGAAAGCAAUUUAGAAGUGCCUCUCUGAUAUAACACGAAUGAAGGGGAAUAUAGUUUGACUAAAGGAUAUGAAGAAUUACUGUAUAUCUUGGAUGCUCAACUAAAAAGUAGGAUACUGGAGGUUAAUAAUAUAAAGAGUGACCCAUUAACUGCCGAAAUCACAUUCCAGUUAAUCAUAGGUUAACCUCAUUUAUUAACUUUUUCAAAAUCCAGUAUAAAGCACGGUUUUGGAAAAUAAAGGUGCACUGAUUAUUUAUAUAAUGUAUUCUGGUUGCAUUGAACUAAAGGCUAUAAACUCAAUAUAACCUUGGUCGCUGUAUGCAUGACUGACUCUGUAAUAGCCAAAGGAAUAAACCAUCUUAUACAGUACACUUA